AUCUUUGUCAACAGAAAUGACAUUUCCAACAACAAUGGACGGGCUGCUUAGCCUUAUCACCCAUAGGACAGUGACUCUUGCGAUCAACUCUGGGAUGAUUCUCUCGGCCAAGUACACCUGGAAUCAAGGGCGUCGUCUCGCGAAAAGCGUUGAUCCCGAACAAGCAACUGAGAUUCUCUCAUUACAAAGACUUCUCAAAAACAAAAUGCAGAUAAUUUCGCCAGCUAUUGAUAUGAUUGACCUGAUUGCUGCCCGUGGCAACACCUCACUGGAAUCGGCUGUCUCUCUUACCAAGGAGAUUAGGUUCGAAGUUCAAUCACUAGGUCAACGACUGGAGAAAGCUUCCGUAUUUGCCGAAUCGGUACAAAAGGGGAUAAAGGCUUCCAAAGAUCUAUCUAUGAAACGAAGAGAGGUUGAAGGAAUCAUUAAAGAUACCAGGAAGUUACUUGAUCGAAUCGAGGAAGUAGUUCCACUUUUGAACCUGGCUAUCACAACAUCUGGUGCCAAGCUAUCUACGAACCUACCAUCAACCGUAUCACCAUCUCGCCUGUUGCAAGCCAGCACUCUACUCAGUUCCGGUGAUACACAGUAUUGCAUGUCACCUUUCCAACCGGUGCAGAUAGGCCCGACGUUUACCUUGUCAGUGUAUAUGCUCUUUAGCAGCCAUCGACGUCCGCAUGGCCAAGAGGGUGUUCGCGAAGCAACGUGGAAGGAGGUGAUGCAUAAGGCUCGCCUAAAGCUUCGAAGAGUUCCUCUGGAUCUGAUGCUCGACCAGGAAAGUCAAGCACGGCGACAGCAGUUUCCACCGGUAGCCAGAGCUGACGAGUAUGCCUAUCAAAUACUGAUCGUUGAGGAUCUGGAUGACGGCAGAGUUCAUGACUUUGAAAAUGAAGAGUUGCGCCCACAGAGAUAUGAAGGUGUCAAUUCCGCAGGGAUACGUGAAAUUCUCCCCGUGCAUGAAAUCUCCAAAUUAUUUUAUGCCGACACAGGGAGAUUACUCAACAUCAACGUUGAAGAGGAGAUAAAUAACCCAGUGCUACUACUUAAGCGGGACCUAAAUGCCAUACCUCCGCGCCGUAUGGUGGAACGUGACGACAUAGAUCUUUUCCUCGAGGAGCAGGAAACGGAAAGCGAAGACGAGGAAGAUGAGGUGAAAGCGCAGUUACAGGCUCAACUGAAUGAAACCACUGCUCAAGCAACUUCCAGCAUCUUAUCACUGCACCAAGAGUCGAUUCCCGAGCAGUGGCGACUUCCUUCGGGUUUGGAUCCGGAAUGGAUAGCAUUCGAAGUGUACAAUGAGGAUGAUGGCACGGAUGCCGAAUCCGAGAAAGAAGAAGAAUGGCCUGAAUCAUCUUCUGCGGGUGAUAUCGUCGAUCCGCGGCUGAUGGCAAAUCUAUCUCUCGGUCACGGUGAAGAGGCAUCUCAUCCAUCUUCGCCUCAACAAGGAAUGUCGCGGUCUACCUCACCCCCACGGCAUUUCAUAGCCACCACCGUUUCAAAUCCACUCUUCAACAAAAUCCGCACCUCUCUAUCUCUCCUCGAGAUGCUCCUUCGUCUAACAUCUUUGCAACAAUUCCAGCAACAAUCCCAUCUUUCUAUCAGCGAUGAACUCUUGAACUUCUUCUUGGAAGAAGCCUCGUCCACCGGUGCCGGCGGUGACGAGCAACACCGCCAGCGUCUCCGCGCUGAAGCAAGGCGCAAGGUCGGAUGGGACCCGUACGAUGAGAGCCCAGUCAAGCGAAGGGGCGAGGAAUAUCAGCACAGCUACAUCCCCGAGAGCAGUCCUGCUGCUAGCUACCGCCGUGAGAGAGACGAGUAUCUUUCCUCACCUAGCUACAGAUCGAGAAGUUUUCACAUCCGCUCUAGAGAGAAUACACCCGAAACUCCUCUAUCUCGACCUUCGCCGUCCAUUCCACCAGAUGAGAGACGCCCGCAUUCUCUCCGAGAUACCACUACGAAUAUAGGAGAAGGUCCAAGAAAGAGCCGCUAGACUUUUGGCGUUCCACCCCUGCACAAGCCGAUCUAUGAUCAGAUUGCAAGUACGAUAUUGUUCCGAAAAUGGGAAUUGGAAAGCCUGUUCUGGAAUCGAGCAGUGGGAGAAGAUCUAGAUAACGAGUAACUGGAUUGGGGGAUUUACUGUAAGGGGACGUAUGAUCCUCCUAAAGAAGAUAUUCUUUUAGAGAUAAAGAGUAAUGUUACUAAGAGGAAGAGGCAUUCCCUUCCUGCACCCUUACCCAUUAGAGCUACGGACGAGGAACAGGCAUCCACAUAUAUCCGCAGGUACAUACACAGGGCUACAAAAGAUAGACGAGACGCAGAUUAGGUAGGAAUGCAAUCUAGACAACAUGUCUCAAAUUCCAAGCUCUCGAAACUGUAAAAAAAAAAACUAUUAAGCACAUGAUUGCAAACGGCAGGGAAGCACAGAUUAGUCAUUCAGUAGGAAACCUGUAACUAGUAUAAACAAUGAGGGAGGGAGACGGAUGCUGAUUAUCAAGUAAAGCAAGGUUAGGGAACCAGAAAAUCUGACAAGAGAAAGAAGGGGACCCGCAGAACGCCUAAGAGAAGACCCGAGACAAGUGAAACGAAAGCUGUAAAAUAAACAACGCCAUAAAUAAAAAAGUUGCUAGGUCCAACCGUGACUCCAGUACGUCAUAGCUUAUUACCAUUUCACUGAGACCCAGUCUCGGCUCUCGUGUCUGGCAUCCUGGUCGCAUACCGGUUUAUAAUGAAUGUGAGCAAUCAUGCUCUUAUUAGGAAUAGUUGAGAUAACAGGAGAAGACAAGAUGACUCGCAUGUGUCCUGAGGAGAUUCGUAUAAUCCAUGGUUGAUCCGUGAAUAUACCAUGGAUGACGGGUUCAAGAAAGGAGGCAAUUAUUCCCAGUCUUCUUCGUCACUAUCUUCCGCCGUGCUUGAAAGAUGGGUCUUUUCCUUUGGGCUCUCAGGAGCCCGGCUGGUCGUGCCGCUGACGAGAUCAUAGCUGGAUUCGCUAUCGGCCUGGGAUUGUUGGUCAUUUGAUCGGCGCGGUUCGCUGGGCUUAAGUAAACCAUCCUUGUCCAGCUUGCACAAUGCAGCAGUCUUGUUUGCCUUGACUUGAGGUGUGGAUGGAGACUCAGACUCGGAGUCAGAGUCGUCGUCCCAGCCAACUUCCUCCUCGUCAUCAACAGCGCCUGUAGGAGAUAGGUUAGACAUGUAUGAAAUUUCACUGUUUAGCUCAAAAGAUGUACCUUUAAGAAGCUCCCUGCGUUUCUUCUCUUCCGUUUCUACGACCAGACGGAGGAAGUAGUACCGGCACCAGAAAUCAGCGUACUCAACCUUCUCAGGCACGAGCUUCUCCAUGACUGACCGGAGUUCAGGGUAUGUUUCCAAGUCUGUAGCAAUCGCGUUGGUUUUGCUGUCAACAUUAAACCCCGUCUUAAAAGUUGGCCACUCGUCGCUGACGGGGUCCUUGGUGAAGUUCUCCAGAUUAGAAUGAAUGACAUGUAGUUGAGCAUCGAAGCGCGUGGCAUGGAUGACCCUCUUUCCCUCCGAAUCCUUGCUUUCAAACAGGAGCUGCCCCUUAUUCGCCUCUUCCGAAUUAGGGGGUACAAUGCUAACUGCCUCACGAAGUUUCUGGCUGAUAUUCAUCCCGAACCGCAAGAUCGCCUCAUCAGCAGCUUCCUCUGCUUUCUCUAUUUCCUUGAGCCGCCUGGAAGCCUCCGCCUUGAAGCGGGAAAAGAAGCCCUCUCCAGAUUCACUUGCGGCCUCCGCACUACCCUCGUCCCCCUGCUGUUGUACUGGCUCGCCAUCCUUUGUCUUUGACAAUGUGGGCGUCUUCGCCUCAUCCUUAUUGUCUUUCUCCUCGUCCUUGCUUGAGAAUGCGGUGCUCAGAGAAAGUCCGCGCGUUCGUCCAACGAUGUUGUCCCUUAAACCAGAGAUACCCUUUACAGCUUCCUCGCUCGCAGCGGCGUACUCUUGGCGGGCGCCUUCGUAGUAACUCUCGCCUUGUUUGCGGACAUUGUCGAUAAAACCGCCAAUGCGUACGCCCCAGGCACUAGAUGAGAAUGCGCGGAAUGUCUCUUGGAAUUCGGUGCUGAGGUCAAGAUUGGAUUGCUGAGAUUUGGCGCCGUCGUCCUGGGAACCGCCAGCCGACUUGGAGUCGGUCUUGAAGAUCUCCUCCUGGAUAUGAUCGUACGCGACGUCCAUCGCUGCUAGCAGCUGUGCAACCCGCCGAUAGAAAGAAAUAGGAUAUUUAGCAGUUCAGAUAACACUUGCGGGAAAACCGUCUUGGUGGACGGUAAUACAGUCAAAGGUCAAAGGUCAAGAGAAGGAAUGGUCGGAUGUUG